AUGCCUGCCAUCCGGGGCCGGGGAAGCGCAGGGUCCAGGGACGUGGACGGGAACGGGCACGGGAAGAACGAGCAAAGCACACCCACCAGGCCUGUUUGCGUGGGCCUCCUUCUGUUCGCUUCUUUACACGCACCUACGGAUACACCUUGCUCCUUACCUUUCCACACCCACCAUACUACUUUCUUCGCUCCCCUCCCCACCACCUACUCUGAACCCAAGACUCAUUUCCCUGGCCAACAGCACGGCAUGGACACCCUCCGCACCCUUGUGGGCGGCUCGUCCGUCGUGGACGGGAUGAAGCUCGUCGUCCUCGGUGGCACGGUCGAGACAGCGAGGCGGAUGAGCAGUUCUGCAUGGAGCCAUUUCGUGAACUCUUUCUUCCUCACUGCGCACUUCUCGGAGGAGGAUCACCCGUACGACUGGCUGAUGCUAUGGCUCUCGCGACGCCCCGAAUGGCAACGUUCGCGGGAAUUCGAGACGACUACUCGGGCAGCACACGCGGGCCAGGCCGGAUGGGAGGAAGAGGACAUCACUUCUUCGUCGUACUUCGACCCUUCUCCCUCCUCAUCAUCGGUAUCCACUCCCUCACCGCCCUCCAAAACGCGCGUGAUCUUCCAACCGACAUUCGACUCUACACACACAAUAUUUUGGCGCGGGCACUGGCUGCGGGUCAAACGUGGAAGAGGCACCGACGGGGGCGAGGUCCUCAGCGUCAGCGUCGUCGCUAGAUCGAACGAUGUGCUCAAGGCACUUGUGAUGGUUGCGAAGCGGGAGUAUGAAGCGGAGGCGGUGCAUCGUAUCCAGAUUUUCUUUGCUGACCCGCAUGGGAGCUGGAGGUGGGCCGAUGCCCGGCAUAAGCGCCCCAUGGGAAGCAUCGUUCUCGACCCUGGCGUAAAGGAAAUGUUAUUAGGUGAUGCACGUGAUUUUCUUGCGAGCGAGAAGUGGUAUGCGGAUCGGGGGAUCCCGUUUCGAAGAGGAUAUCUUCUGCACGGUGUGCCAGGGUCGGGCAAGAGCUCUUUGAUCCAUGCGAUCGCAGGAGAGCUUAUGCUCGAUGUGUACGUCGUAUCGCUGUCGAGUGCUUGGAUAAGCGACAGCGUAUUGAUGAGUCUCAUGGGUCGGGUUCCAAAGGGUGCCAUUCUGCUCUUAGAAGACCUCGACGCUGCGUUCACCAGAUCCGUCUCCCGCACUGAUUCUGGCGAUGGACAAGGAGAAGGCCCCGAGCUGCCCGCUGGUUCGAAGCGGCGUGCCAGGGCCGAGGCUGCUAAUGCCGCCAACGCCUCUAAUACAAUGAGCGACCUGAACACCCUUAGCUUGAGCGGGCUGCUCAACGCGCUGGAUGGUGUGGCCGCUGCAGAGGGCCGGAUUCUUUUUGCCACGACCAACCAUCUCGAGAAGCUUGAUCCGGCAUUGUCUCGACCGGGGCGGAUGGAUGUGUGGGUCGAAUUCCGGAAUGCGAGUCGCUGGCAAGCGGAGGCUCUGUUUAGAAACUUUUUCCCAGAGGAAGAACCGGCUGCUUCUGAUUCUGAGGAUGAUAUCGUGCUGGAUGGGAGUGCCCUUGGGACCAAUAUGCGCUCGGCGUCAUCCACCUCUUUGUGGUCUGACACCUCCUUCUUCUCGUCUUCGUCCUCGUCGACUCCAUCCAUCCCUUCGACCCCGUCAACAGACCCGUCGGUCCCCGGACUGCCCCAAUUCGGAAGCUCUAAUAAGACAUUCCUCCCACCGCCCGUGGCUCCGGAGAUUCUUGCGGCCCAGCAUUCCGCUCGUCCGCUAGACUCGCGGACCCUGGCUGUCCUUGCGCGGACCUUUGCUGAGGCUGUGCCGGAAGGCGAGUUUAGCGUCGCUGCUCUACAAGGAUACUUGCUGAAGAACAAAUCGCGCCCGGCGGCUGCGGCGAACGAGGCUGCGGCAUGGGUUGCUGGUGAGCGAGAGAUGCGUGAGAGAAUGGCAAGGGAAAAGGAGGCGAGAGAAGGCAGAGAGCGGGAGGAGCGUGAGAAGAGACGGGCCAAGAAAGCUGCGAGAAAGCUGAAGAAGAAAGCUGACGCGACGGCGGCAGCGGCGACCGCAACAACUGCCGGUGCACCUGCAGCCGCAAGUCCGACGGUGACUGCACCUGUGCCGGCGGUCCCGACGGCAUUGCCAGCACCAACACCAGCAACUGUGGCAACUACUGCGCCCGGACCGCCAGCUCCUGAGACCACUGCGCCAAUAUUCGUUCUGGAACCGACAGCUGCAGCCCCAGUCGCAGGUCCGCCGCAAGUUGCACCUCCUGUGCUAGCGCAAGCUCCAGCGGUUCUACCAUCCGCAGCCGCACUCCCAAUCCCCGAUCCAACACCUCCAGCUGCCGUCCCAUUUCAUGAUGCGUUGCCGCAAGUCUCUACAUCCUUCUCGGCCUCUCCUCCCAUGACAAUUAAAGAAGAUCAGAAUCGAGUUCACAGUGUGCUCAACGCCGACAUUCUUCUCGCGAUCUUUCGUGAGGUGUUGGCAGAGAAGGAUGCAGGCGGCUCAUUUGUGCUGCUACCACUCCUGCUCGUCUGCAGAAGUUGGUACACACUGCUGGCUUCGCAGACUAUUUCGAAUAUCUGGUAUCGGACUUGCCCAGCACGGAACCCCAAACGACUACAGAAUAUGCUGAGGUUGUCCAACACCGCCCUACUGUUGUUCCAGAUCGCUGUGUAUUGUGACGACGCCGAGGGUCGGUCGGAAGGUCGAUGGGACGACCGCAUGAUGAAUAUGAUUGUCCCAGCCUCCAUUCGUGUUCAAGAACUGGUGAUUACUGGAUCGACUGAACUGGGCACUGGCUUCCUGUCCAUGUUGGCUCCUCGACCGUUUCUGUCGCUGAAGGUCUUCUGCGCGUUCUUUGCUGGUCGAGCGCCGGCUUUGCAGAACUUGACAGUAGAAUGCGCGCGCAUCUUGGACUCUCGGCAUGAAAUGCGUAGUCUCACACGCCUCGUUCUCUCAGGUAGUGCGCCGCAGAGAAUCUUUCGUAUGCUAUCCGCCUUGGAGGCCUGCCCAGCACUCGUCAAAUUGCGUCUCAACUUGAAUGUGGUGGAUGCUAUCGGUCAACCACGGUCUGCUCCGGUGCAAUCGCGCGUGCAUCUCCUACAUCUCAAGCACUGCUCCAUUACGGGCCUUGCGCAUAUCUGUGCCAUGUUCCUCUCCAGGGUCGUUGUUCCUCCGACCGCUCGGCUGCACGUCCUCGCUCCCAGAAUCCCGGGCGAGGACGGAAAUGACGUCCUCGAUAUCAUGGACGCUUUCGGGCGACUUGUCGGAGAUGUCCUCGCACCACCCCUGGAAUCCCUGCGGAUCUGCGCGCUCACUCAAAGGGGUCCUGACCUGCAACCCUGGAUGCCCGAUCCGACCGACAAGUUCGGCCUUGUUCUUGCGAUGCGUGAAACCGCCGAACGCUUAUCGCCUCCCAAUUUUUCCUCGACCCGAUUCCGAUUCCGCGUCCAGUUCCAGACGAUCGAGAAAACAGAUGCCGGGCGUGUGGUGCGGCAAUUCGUGGAUGCUGUGACAGGGAUGCAUAUCACCAUGCUUGACGCACGAUGCACUUAUCCCGCGAUCCCCGCUUCCACUUGGGAGACGGUGUUCAGCUCCCUCGACAAUCUAAAUUGGCUUCUCUUCGUAUGCAAUUAUACGGCCAUCGAAAUCUGCGCGGCCAUCCGCGAUAGUCUAGUGCGUGGACUCCGAGUCCUACCCAGCUUGGGUCGUAUCCUAUUAGAACCUUGGAAGGACAGAAGAAAUUUCGCGCCACAGAGCGUGCUCGCGGCGGUCGGUGGUAUGCUCGCAGGUUUGGAUCGUCAGGGGAGACGCCCGAACGUGCUCGAGCCUGUCGAUUGCCCGCAGCGCCCCCGUGCAGGAUGGUCUACCCCGCCUCCAUGGGGUGUGGACUUUGACGAAAUUUCUGACCUCGUCGGGGUGCUUCUACGUCUGGGAAAGCCGUGGAAUCCGCGGAAGAUUCGCGAAGAGUGGCUCGAGACUGAGCGGGAGGCCGAGGAAGAUUCUAUUUCCGGAUUUUCGGCACUGUCCGUGUCUUUCAGAGAAUCGCGCCUGAGCCCCUGA